GGAGGAAGAGAAAAGACGGCCGCAAUACAACACCGACCAAGGAGGAGCAAAACGACAUGGCUUCCAGCGAGGCUGACGGCGCCCAAGUGGCUGUGCAAGCCCAGGAUGCAGGCGUCGACGAAGAGCUGCUUCCCUUUGAGCUCUCGCUCUACUUUCCGCCUCGGCCGCUCUUGCCCGCGGGGCACGUUGCUGCUGGGCUGCCCGAGACGCCGGCGCCGCUCAAGGUGGCCGUGACGCCACAAGAAACGCUCAACGACCUGCGUAUCACGAUCACGGACAGCCCAGAGGGCUACUGGCUUGGCGCCUUUUGCUUUCGCAAGAAGGCUGUCAAGGCUCCCUCAUCGACUACCACCAAUGGCGCUUCCACGCCCGCACAGCUGGGCGAUGUCGUCGGCGAGUGGGUCGAGCUCAAGGAAGUCUUCGAGGGCGUGCCCAGGGAUCAGAGGGAGCUCUACAUCGCUCAUGUCGCCUUUAACGAAGCCGAGGCUCGAGCCCACGUCCAGAGGCUGCGGGAACUUCUCUCUGGGGGCCAGUCGGACCCUUCGACGAUUGGUAUCGACGGGGGACUGAGCGUGCACGAUGCCAUCAAGAACCCCGAGCUCUGGGAGGCGGAGCGCGAGGCGGGCAAGAAGGUUGCACCAAAGAGCAAGGAGACCAAGCCAGACCCGUCGACGCAGGAAAAGACACCCUUUUCCGACUGGGCAGGAGUGCAGGAGGCGACGAAGAUGGUCAAUCUGGUGCCGCCGCAGGCAAGAAGCGAACGCUCGUUCCCCCAAUGCCUUCGGCACCUCUCUGUGGCCGCGUGGAACCCUCCCCCUCACCAUCUUCGCAUUCAGCAGGGGCACCUGCUCUACCUGCACGUCGUCACACUCGAGGGCGACACCCUCUUUGUCACCGCCUCUUCUCAAGGUUUCUACAUCAACCGCUCGACGGCCGCGCGCUUCGACCCGUCGCCGCGGCCGGGCAACGAGUCGUUUGCGUCGUGCUCUCUCUUCGAUGUCCUUUGCGGCGUUUCACCACUCUUCUUGGCAAACUUUGCAAAGCUGUUCCAGGACCCGGCGUCACAACGAGAUUACUUCGCCGUGGUACCCGUCAGCAAUUGCCUGCCCGCUCACCCCUGGCUGGCGCGGGACCACGCGCAUUCGGCCGACUCGCUUCGCAACCAGGCUGCCUACCUCCUCACGGGCGCCACCUCGGCAGAUGCUCUUGACGGCACCCGCGACUGGAACGAUGAGAUUCAGUCGACGAGGGAGCUUCCGAGGUCGACGCUGGCCGAACGUCUGAUGCGAGACCGCGUCCUGAACCGUGUCUAUGCCGAAUUCUCCCUGGCUGCGGCGCGCGCAGUCCCGCGCGUGGCCGCCGGCGAGGUGCAGGCCAUGAACCCGAUGGACGCUCCCGAGGCGCAGAUGUUCAUCGUCAACAACCUCUUCAUCUCCAAGGGUGUCGACGGAGUCGACAUCUACCCCCACAUGGGCGGUGACGAGGCGGCCCACGUCGCCGUCAGCAAGGAUGUCCAAGGCAUCCGCAUCCUCAACAACCUCGACGUCGAGGGUCUGUGCUUGCUCGGAACUGUCGUCAUUGACUGGAAAGGACAGCGGUGGGUCGCUCAGACUGUUGUCCCAGGUCUCUUCCGGAGGCGGGACGAUGAGGAAGAAGUGGAGGAGGAAGGAAAGGAGAACAAGGACACGGAAGACACAGAGAAGGAAGGAGAAGAGAAGAAGGUCGACGGCGCAGAGAAGAAGGUCGACGCCAAAGAUGACACCCAGGUCAUCUAUGGAGGCGUCGAAGGGCCAGAGAUCAUUCACGACGACACGUCUUUCCACAACCUCUUUGGCCGCGUGGCUCGCACCUUGCAUCUGGCCCUGCACAACGUCAAAGACGCCAAGGGAGACGAGCACUCGCUCUGGCUCAGCGUCGACUCAAAGGGGCUGCGUGGCGCCGACGGGAGAAAGUACGCUCUGGACUUGGCCAGGCUUCACCCCGUCGACAUCGAGUGGCUCGAGAACGACAUGGAGGGAGCUGUGAUCAGCGGUGACUCUGCUGAGCUUAUCUCGUCAUCGGAGCCAAAGGAAACGUACCCGCAUCGCAUGACACUCCUUCGGCAGGAGCUCCUCGAGAUCCACUGGGACCACGAAUUCCGAGCUUGGGCCAGGGAAGAGCUGGCGAGCAGGCAACAAGGAAAGAAGGAAGGCGACAAGGAGGAGGAGGAAGCCCCCAAGCUCGACGCCUCGAAGUUCUCCCUCUCUUUCAAUCCUGAUGCUUUCGUCGAGUUCAAGGCCGAGGACAAGCCCGCAGUCCUCGUCGAUGAUGAGUCAGACCCAUCAGUGGCGGCCGUUCGCAAGGCUUCUAAAUUCAUUCGCGAGACCUCGAUUCCUCGGCUUGUGACUGAUGUGGCUACGGGUCUCCAUACGACGCAGGAUGGCGCAUCGCUGACGAGGCAGCUCCACGCGAGAGGAAUCAGCAUUCGCUACCUUGGUCACGUCGCUAGGCUCUGCCACCCAUCGCAACGCGGAAAGCUCAACCAAGAGCUUCUCGAAAAGGCUGGUCCUGGCGUCGAAGGCUUCCUAAAGCCUUUCCUGACCAUUGUCCACCACGAGAUGGUCGUACGAGCUGCCAAGCGGAUCUUGCGCUCUCUCGUCAAAAACGUUGAGCAGACGCAGGUGGCCGCCUGCAUCUCCCACUUCCUCAACUGCCUCCUUGGCAGCUCCGUCGAGCCCAUGCCGUCUGCCGACUACGCUCCCUCGCCUUUCGCUGGUGCCGACGAGGUGGCGCCUGCUUGGACAAAGUUGACGCCAGAAGCGCUGAACAAGGACAUCGAAUCGCAAAUCCGAAGGCGGUAUCGGUACCAGCUGCCCCGGUUGUACCUCGAAACGGAGCUUCGCAAGCCCCAGCUUCAGCGAGACGUGUGCCAGCGGUGCGGCAUCCAACUCAAGCUGCGCGAAUACUCAUUCGAGCGCGUUGCCCUUGCUAAUGGCCACGCAUCGGAAGACUCGCAAGAAGAGAAGCCCGUAGAGGGUGCCGCUGCCAGCGCUGGAGGCAGCAACACUGCGAGCAGCAAGAAGAAGAGGAAGGGCAAGGGCAGCGGCGUCGCGAGCGCAGAGGGCCGACAGCGGACAACGUCGUUUGAGCCAAGCGAUGUCCUCAACCUCCUUCCCGUCAUCAAAGAUUCGACGCCCAAGAGCACCUUGGCUGAAGAGGCUUUCGAGGCUGGACGUAUCUCGAUGGGACGCGGCGACCGGGCGCUUGGCGUCGAGCUCAUGACGGAAGGUGUUGGCUUCCACGAGCAGGUCUACGGUGUCGUCCACCCCGAAGUGGCCCGCUGCUAUGCAGUCUUUGCCACGAUCCUGCACCACUACGCUAGCGUCAUUGCGGUUGAGACAGCCGAGAAGCAGCGCCAGGCGGUAGCAGAAGGAGGCAAGGCAGAGGACGUCCAGCUUCCUGAAAUCAGCGAGCAGGUCUCAGUGGCAAACGCGCUUCGGUACCAGAGGCAGGCUGUCACCGUGUCCGAGAGGAGCUUGGGCUUGGACCAUCCCGAGACGCUUGCUCAGUGGGUCAACUUGGCUGUCCUUGAGCGCCUCGAGGGCAAUGUCGACGCAUCGCUCCGCUGUCAGCAGCGCGUCUUGGACCUCUGGUCCAUCAUCUAUGGCGCUGACCACCCAGAGUGUGUUAACGCGCUCAACAACAUUGCUCUGACGCUGCAGAACGCACGACGAUUCGACAGCAGUCUCAAGGUGUACCAGGCCGCGCAUGAGCUGGCCCUCAAGCUCUUUGGUCCCGACUCGAUUAACACGGCGCAUCUGGCUCACGAGCUGAGCCAGGCGCUUACACUCUGUGGCGACCUCAAGAAGGCGCUGAGCGUCGAGAAGGAGGCGAACCGGGUGUUUGAAGCCCGGCUUGGCAAGGACGACAAUCAGACAAAGGAGAGUGAGGCGCUGCUGAGCAACCUUGCUGCUUCUGCCGUCAGAGUGGCCAAGAUGGAAGAGGCACAGAAGCAGCGAGAGGCACGAGGCGGAGGAUUUGGCCUCGGUCAGCUGCAGAGCGCGCGCGGAGCAGCAGGCACCAGUGCUCAGAGGAUCGCAGGGGCGACGAGUGCGAGGACUGGCGCAGCUGCGGCCGCCGCGACCGCAUCAGCGUCGAUCGCUACCCCUAGACCCGACAUGUCGGACCGAAGUGUCGACGAGCUAGUCAAGUUUAUCCAGGGCGGAAGCGGUGCAGGCCCCGGCGCGGGCGCGGCUUCGUCGGCAAACCAGUCGUCGUCGUCCUCCUCCUCUGGAAACAAAAAGAAGGCGAAGACGGGCAUGAAGCUCAAGAAGCGGCAUUGAGCGUCAUUGUAGAGACUAUUGCUCGUUUUUUCCGUUCUCUUCGCCUUCAUCCUACUCGAAAAGUCAAGUCCUUUCUGGGACAAGAUAGCAUACUUAUCGUACCAUCGUACUCUAUAAAAGCAGUCUGCGUCUUCUUUGCAAUCUUCAUUCACCUCUCUUC